AUGAGUGGACAGGCAGCAAGUUAUUAUAAUCCGGGCCAAAGCUUCGUUGAGGGCCAACCCCAGCCGCCGCAGCAACAGCAACCGGUGUACAACAUCUACGAUCCCAAUCAGAAUAACUACCAGGAUAACAAUGGCUACCAAAGGGGUCCCGAACGUAAACCACCACAGGGACCGCCGCAGGGGCCGCCACCAACGUACAAUCAGGCCGUCUAUGGGUUUGACGAGGCUUUCAAGAUUGAGAAACCAAAGUUUAAUGAUCUCUGGGCAGGCCUCCUACUCAUAGCCGUCUUUCUGGGAUAUGUUGCGGUCUCGGGGGUCGCCAUCCACCGAUAUGCCAAGUACAAAGGGUUCAGUGGCGGUGGUAUCUAUGACUCGAGCAACACCUUCUCACUCAACACCAAUACCUUGGUGCUGUUCAUAUUCGUUCUCUGCGUGGCACUUGUAUUCUCCUGGGCCUAUUUUCUCGGGGCCAGGUACUUCCCCAAGCUCUUCAUUUGGGCUUCAGGUAUUCUGAACAUUGUCUUCGCCCUUGGAACCGGCAUAUACUACAUCACAAAGCAGCAGUACGGAGGGGGCAUUGUUUUCCUCGUCUUCGGCGUCUUUGCGAUUAUAUGCUUUAUUAGCUGGAUUCCGCGCAUUCCUUUCACCGCGUUUAUGCUGGAGACUUCGAUCGAUGUGUCCCGGCGCUACGGUCACAUGUUUUUGGUCAGCGCGAUUGGGGGUAUCGUGGCUGUGGCAUUUUCGGCGUGGUUUUCCGUGACCUUGGUCUCUAUUUAUGUCGCCUACGAGCCCAAUGGCAACGGCACCAACCCGGCCUGCCGCGAUGGCGGAUGCAGCACUGCCAGGGUGAUCGGCUUGGUUGUGUACGUGACGUUCGCCAUGUACUGGUUCAGCGAGUGGGUGAAGAACACCGUCCAUACGACUAUUGCCGGUGUCUACGGUUCCUGGUACUUCUUUAGCGGCUCGCCCAGGGGAAUGCCCCAGGGUGCGACUCGGGGGGCCUUCCGACGAGCCACAACGUAUUCGUUCGGCAGUAUUAGUUUUGGGAGCUUGAUCAUCGCCAUCGUCAACAUGCUUCGACAGGCCUGCUCUGUUGCGCAGCGUCAAGAAGCUGCGGAAGGUAGUAUAGUGGGCAGCAUUGCGUUCUGGAUCCUGGGAUGCUUUAUCUCGCUCCUGGAUUGGUUGGUGACAUUUUUCAACCGGUACGCAUUCUGCCAUAUUGCCCUGUACGGCAAGGCCUACGUCCCCUCGGCCAAGGAUACGUGGACCAUGAUGAAAGACCGGGGCGUGGACGCGCUCAUUAACGACUGUCUGAUUGGGCCCGUUCUAACCAUGGGCUCGGUGUUUGUCUCAUACGUAUGUGCCCUGCUGGCCUACCUGUAUCUGCACUAUACGCAUCCGGCGUACAAUCAGGGCGAUGAAUUUACCCCGGUAGUCAUGGCGUUUUCCUUUGUGAUGGGUCUCCAAGUGUGUCAAAUCUUCAUGACGCCGGUCAGUAGCGGUAUCGAAACGAUCUUUGCAGCGAUGGCCUGGGAUCCGCAGGUUUUGAUCCACGAUCACCCGGAUUUAUACUACCGGCUGGUUCAUCUGUACCCGAAGGUCCAGCAGGCCAUCCAUGCAUGA